AUGGUGAGCAAAGAGGACACCAAAUGUGUUGUUCUCUCAAAUUCAGAUGAAUCAGAUUCAGAGACAGGCCCAUCACACAGCCUUGAUACGCAGUCUGGACCAGAAACAGGCAAGCAGCAGGUGAAGAAGAGAAACAAGGCCUUACAAGUGCGUUUUAAGGAUAUCUGUGAAGCGCAGAAUGAGCAUCGGGGAAGACGCUCCAGAUCCAUUUCCUGUAAAGUGACACACAGAAAAUACAUGACCAUGCCUGCCAGACGCUCUAUUCCAAAUGUCACCAAGAGUACUGGUGUCCAGACCUCACCAGACCUCACUAAGCGAUACAAGACUUUCCCUUUUGAGAGAAAAAAAGGACAUACAUUUAAACAUACUGCUCUGGUGGAAGAUUACAGGGGACAAAACAAUGGAUUUUUGAGUGAUAUAAAGGCCGGAGGAGAGGACGGACAACCUAUCGGGGAGUCCUCCAAGUACAAGGGUAAGAUUGUGGGGCAGACAAAAGCAUUGCUUCACCACACUGAUGACAGCAGUGAUACAGAGGAUUUGCUUUCCAGUGCCAACUGUGUGGAUGGACCCUCGUGCCCAGACUCCUCACAUUUCUCAGAAGAGGGCCAUCCAAGUAGCCCUCCUUCCAAAAGUGAACAAGAGUACCAGGUUUGUGGGACAAGGACCAAACACAAAGGAUUACCCAAAGAAGGCAUGGAUGCUGGCACUUCCUCAAAGCGCCAGCUGGCUAACUCAGAGGACAGGUCAAAGGGUACAGGCCCUGUUGCGUGGAACUCUUUGACACAGGUGGAGUCUUUAGGAAGCCCCUCUGUGAGCUGUAAACGUAAAAAGGGCACACAGCUAAACGAACAGCAGUCACAGACACUUCCCCAUAGUGCCAAAUGUUCUGUAAAGUCACAAGGGCAGUGUCGGACAAGGCAUGUGUCUGCUUCCUCUAAACUCCAGCAAACAGUUGGGGGGGAUGAGGGCUUUCCUCCAGAACACACUGGAGCCCCAGGCAUGGGGAGCAGCCAGCAGAUAAUGCCCUUAUCUGGAGACAAGGAUAUCAAAGCACAGCUGCAGGCCAUGGAGAGCCUCAUCAGCUCGAGCCAGGAGACCAUCAAGGUCCUACUUGGAGUUAUUCAGGAGCUGGAGAAAGGUGAAGCACAGAGAGAGGGGCUCUCCUACCGAACAGGACAAGACACAGCGAAUUGUGACACUUGUCGAAACAGCGCGUGCAUCAUUUACAGUGUCGAGCUUGACUUCAAGCUGCAGGAGGACAAGCUACAGCCCCUGAUGAAGAGACUCUGCCCCCUGGAUAGCCAACAAUUCCCUGCUCUGCCUUACUCCAAUGAAGUGUUCACAUCCACCCCGAAACGCAAGUCCAAGACAGAGUCCAAAAAGCAUGCUCGUUGGAAACUCUGGUUCCUUUGAAUAAAACAUGAAGGCUUUGGAAACUGCCUUUUUAUUGGGCACAUUAAUACCCGUUAUUCUCGAAAAACGGAGGAAGGAAUAUUCAGAGGGAGUAAUCAACCCAUGAGAAUGGAU